UCAUCGGACCACAUCCUGCACUCAUGGAGAUCAUUUGCAUAUGGUGGGAAGAGGAAUAAAAGUAGAUUUUCUGUGCAUCGGACAAGUUAAAAGAAAGAAAAAAGGGCCACUUCAGGAGCCCCAGAAGCACACAAAAAGCAUUAAUCCAAAGAGAAACUGAAAGUAAAGAGGGACGGGGAGAAGAGGCAAAGGAGCUGAGAAGACUUGAAAGACAAAAAGACUGAUAAAGACCCGGGUGAAUCUGAAAACUUACAGACAUGUCUAAAGCCUGUACCCUGAAGAUUAGCCUUGCCAACAAGGAAAAGGUCGAUGGAUUCUGCACAAAUCUUAAUAACCAGAGCGAUGUGUUUAAUAUCAAUGACCUGACAUCACUUCAUUCUGAAUUAAACAUUCCGAUUCCUGAUCCCCCGAAUCCUGAGGCAGAGGAAACAAAAAUGGAAACUGACAAAGAAGAAAAGAAAGCUCCAAAAUGUGGAUUCUUAAAAGAGAAUGAGAAGCUUCAGAAAAUACUAAAUAUUGUCCUACCUGAGAUACGAAUCCUGAGAGAGAGAUGCGCAUUGAUUAUCACUUGGAUCAAUCACCUAAUUCCAACAAUUGAGGAUGGAAAUGAUUUUGGGGUAUCAGUCCAGGAGAAGGUAUUAGAACGUGUGACAGCUUUAAAAACUAAAGUGGAAACUUUGCAGACCAGUAUCUCCAAGUAUCUUACAGAGAGAGGAGAUGCUGUUGCUAAAGCUUCUAAAGAGACACAUGUGAUGGAUUACAGAGCUCUGGUUCAUGACAAAGAUGAAGGUGCAUUUGUAGAUCUUAAACUAGCUCUGAUUGAUGUGAGGAACAUUUACAUUGAAAUAUUUGAUAUAAUUCUGAAGAAUUUUGAGAAAAUAACCAACCCUAAAGGAGAAGAUACAAAUACAAUGUACUAACGUUAGUAUCUUACCUGGUAUCUGGUACUACACAACUCAUCGUUUUCCCUCGGAUCCUCGGAAUCAUAUUUCCCUCUGCACUCAGUACAGCAAAGUUGUAACAAUAAAAUAAGAAGGCCGUG